GCAGUGAUUGUAGAGCCAGUACCAUGUGCCAGAGUAGAACAAGGAUAUGCUGCACAGAUUUUUGUUUAUGAUGAUGAAACUUACCUGCUACAAGAUGUUGCAGAAGAACAAGAAAUCGAGACUGAAGCUGUUAAAACAGUUAUAGGAAGCAGUUACCAGCCAUCUAAUCUGAGCUCAUGAGUUUGGUGUUAGCAUCUUUGGGGGAAGAAGACCUGUGCUCCUCAAAAAGCAACUCAAAAUCCUCCCUGUGGCACAAAUAAAGUUUUCUUUUAACUUUAAAAUAUUGUUGCCACAGGGAGGUAGAAGACCUUGAUGAAACAUGGAUAAUUAAAAAGAUCCUCCUUGAUUUACCUUAUGGGAGAGGAAAAACUGCUCUGGAACAAUGUUGACUGCUUACUACUUAAAACUAUUAUGGAAAGAAAUCCUGUAACUAUUCCAAACGUACAUUUCCUUAUUGUGAAUGACGUAAACAUAAAUUUAGCAUUCUUUCUCUGGAUUUUUCAACUUGUUAAAAUUAAUUAUAUUUGUACUUUAUGUAAAUUAUUUUUCUGAAUAUUAAAUUUGAUUCCAAAUCAUAAAAUAUGUUUUAUAAAAUAGCAAUAUUGUAAGAUUACAAUGUUUUCUCAUUGAUGUUUAAUGACUAUUCAAAAUGUUUUCCUAAUACUUAUAAAAAUCAGUAUGCUUUAAAAAUUUUAAUAGGGAAAUGAUGAAUCUCUGAAAGUAUAAUUUCAUCUGAGUUUAAUUUUUGAGUUAGAUCUGACAGGUAGCUUUAACAAGGAAUUUUUAUUCAGUGGCAAUGAAAAAAUGAGUGCUUUAGCAACACUGCUUUCCUUGUCUGAGCUCAGAAGCCAAGCAGGUUCUUGUCUGAGUAGUCUUGGAUGGAGAACCUUUGGUGAAUAUUAGGGCUGUAACAGACUGGGAAGUGAAAAAACUAUUUUAUUAGAGACCAGUGACAAAUGACUUCUGUAUUUUUGCUACAAGAACCAAUGUGGAUAUGCCCAUGUAGUCACUAUGCUUGAUUUGAAAGAGACCCAUUCAAAAGAUUUUGCAAAGCACUGAGCUUGAGUAUGCCUUUCUUUUUUCCUAUGCAUUUAGCAAGAGAAAAAAAGGUCAAGGCUGAGUUGGACUUGCUGACUCUUCCCCAAAUCCUAGUUUACCCCUUUCAGUAGUAUCUGCAACAAGUGAGGCCAUCAUACCAAUGCUACAAUUAAGGUGUGUCAAACAUUUAACAAAGUAGGCAAAUUAUGCAUCACACAAAUGUUAUGUCUUUUGCUACUUUUGCCUCUUUACAGAUACCUAUCCUUCCUUUUGCACAAGAGAGUGCAAUGGAUAAAAUACUCAAGUUCAUUGCUUUACAUGGGCCUAAGUCACUGGCGAAAUGCUACCGGUUCGUACUGGUCAGGCGAAUCAGUAAUAAAAAAAGCUACCAGUUCUAUUUCUGCCGAUCAGCUGUGCUGCAAGAUUUAUAUUUUCUAGAAAGCAGGAAAUCCUGCGGCACAGCUGUCCCUCCCCCUUGCUGUUCUACUUACCUUGUUAAGCUUCCUUUUUCCAUGCGAAGCGCAUUUGGUGUACAUUGUGCAUUUGUGCACAGUGUGUGCUUUUGGUGUGAACUGUGCAUGUGUGUGCAGCAAACCAGUGGGAUCCACGGAGGAUUUCACCACUGGCCUAAGUACUGUAUUGUAAAAGUUACAUAUAAAGUUAUGGAGUAGCAAGCCAACUCCAGGAAAUCAAUCUUUUGAUUUAAGCAUUUAGUAGGUAUUUCUACUUUGUCUGGAAGUGAAAUUGUUGAAAUAAAGUUGCUUUGAAAAAAUUAUCUUUAUAAACUAAAGCUGCAAUUCAGUACUUGUGUAAUUGAGAAUGUAAGUCCCAUUGGAGGAGAUUUGCAUGGAAUUCAAAAGCAUUCUGAUUGUGAACAUCUAAAUUUUUUUCUAGGUCAGUUGUGUGGAAUAACAUGCAUGUUCACAAAUGAUUUUAAGUCUCACUGUAGUCAGUGGGGUACUUACAAAAAUACACAAGUGUAUUUUGGUGACUCACUGGCUCCAAAGUGAGUAGAAUUCAAACUGAGUAGAAGCAGCUAUCUUUCCCUCUCUGCUCACGCUUCUUUUUCAGAUAGUAGCCUUUUAAUGUACAUAAUUGAAUAGUAAAAAAAAGGUAGUAAAAUUCUAUAAAGAAAAACAUUUGAUGUAAAAGUCUUGUUAAUUUUUGUAAGACGUCUGGCAGUAAUAUUAAGGAAAAAUGCAUUAAAACAAAUAUAACUUGGGGAAGGAUUAAUGUUAAACCAUAAAUUGGAACAGUCAGCAGUAGGAAAACAUGUGACUGAUACGUUUGCAACCUGUGUAUACUAUACUGUUUACAAUAUCAUGUUAUGGGCUGUAAUGUAUUAGUGGCUGAAUUUGAGAAACUGGUCCAGUCAAUCAGUUUUGUGUCAUAGGUAAAAGCUACAUGUAAGAAAAUACGCAGAUAAUUUGCAUGAAAUGCAGAUUGCUGAUGUAGACAAAAACUCUGCAGCCACUGUUGUCAACAGUGGAGAGAAUAAACAUCAAGUGGAUGAAGUAUGCUUAACAAAUAAGUGAAAUAACCACCACCUUUCAAAUUUGCUCGUUGUACUUGACAGUUUGUAAUAUUGUAUUGUAACUAUGCUCACGGCUACACUACCAUUGCUCACAUCCUGGGUCUAAGAAACAUCAGUUCUUGGGGGGGAAAAGAUUUCUGCGUCGUGGUAAGCUUGCAGAACCGUGGGACUCACUAAGACAAAAUAGUGCACGGCACUUUCAUGGUAAUGUAACUCUGAAUUCACAGCCUGCAGCGCUUUUAGAGAACUCGGACUGCUUCAGGAUUCCAGAAUUCCGGGCAACGUGGGGUGCAAGCUUGAACAACUGCCGACGACGCGAGCCAAGGGCCGCCUUGCAAAGACAGGAAGGAGCAGGAGGCAACCGUGCCAAAGAAGCUGCGUCCACGCCGAAGAAAGAAUGAAAAGUUGGCUCUUCGUCUAUGGCCACGUCGUCGUCCUUUCUCCAUCCGUGAAGAUGCGAAAAGUAAAGGAGAAGCGAGCAGGUCGAAGCGUUGCGCUCCGCUGAACCUCCUGAAAUGGAAAGCUCAGCCGGGCAGCCUCGGGAGCAGGUGGAUCCCUUCCCGCGGCGGUGAGCGGAGGAGGCGGAAAAGCUGGCGGGCCGUCUCCUCGCCUCUUUCGCCUGCCUGACCCGCUGCGCUCGUUCCCCGCUUCUGGCUCCGGAGGGGAGGGCGCGAGCUGAGCGCCCGCCCGACACUUCCUGUCUGCGAGGCUGGCGGCGGAAGGAUCGCGUGCGCCCUGCCUGAGAGGAAGCGCUUUUCCGCGGGCCCUUGCUUGCCGCUCCACGCGGGAGGGCGAGAAGCGAGCCGAGCGCUGGCUUCGGCGUGGCUGGCCGGGAGCGAGCGUGCAGAGGGAGCUCCGGCCGAGCGAGGCCCCCGGUGACUGGUGUGGCGGCGGAAGCGCGCGUCCGUCGUUUAAGCGGGGCUGCGCGCUGGAGCGCGCGCGCCCGACCGCCAGGAAGCCCCUGCGGGCCAAUGCGAAGCCGCCGCCGCCGCUCGCUCCAGCGGCAUAAACAUGGCGACUUCCCUGCAUGAGGGGCCCACGAAUCAGCUCGAUCUGCUCAUCCGCGCCGUGGAAGCAUCUGUUCAUGGCAGCAAUGUGCACUGUUCAGAUAAGACAAUUGAAGCAGCAGAAGCCUUGCUUCAUAUGGAAUCUCCAACCUGCUUAAGAGAUGCUCGAAGUCCAGUGGAAGUUUUUGUUCCGCCUUGUGUGUCAACUCCAGAGUUCAUCCAUGCUGCAAUGAGACCUGAUGUAAUCACAGAAACAGUUGUGGAAGUAUCCACUGAAGAAUCUGAACCAAUGGAUGCAUCUCCUUCACGAACUUCUCCAGAAAUCCAUGAGCCCAUGAAAAAAAAGAAAGCUGGCCGUAAGCCAAAAUCUCAAGUGCCAUCAACCAUUUCCAGUUCAUCUCCAGACUUGGGUAUAAAAAAGAAGCCAAGAGAAGGCAAAGGAAAUACAACUUAUUUGUGGGAAUUCCUUCUGGAUUUACUUCAAGAUAAAAAUACUUGCCCUCGAUAUAUCAAAUGGACUCAGCGAGAAAAAGGCAUUUUUAAACUCGUGGACUCAAAAGCAGUUUCCAAGUUGUGGGGAAAACACAAGAACAAGCCUGAUAUGAACUAUGAGACAAUGGGAAGAGCCUUGAGAUACUAUUAUCAAAGAGGAAUUCUAGCAAAAGUUGAAGGACAAAGGCUAGUAUAUCAAUUCAAGGAAAUGCCCAAAAAUAUUGUUGUUAUUGAUGACAAAAGUGAGUGUGGCAGUGAAGAUUUAUCCAUUUCCACUGAUGAGAAAUCAUUGGAACGGGUAUCACUGCCUGCAGAAAACCUCUUAAAAACAGCGAGUUCUGCUCGCACAGGAAAAAGCACUUCUCAGUUGACCUGCACAAGAUCAGAGAAAUCUGUUGCCAGAAUGAGUAUCUCCUCACCUGGGCAUGAAAUAUCAUCUUGUUCACCCACCACAACUACCGUUUCAGCAACAACUGCUCCCAGAACUGUUCGGGUGGCUAUGCAAGUGCCUGUUGUAAUGACAUCUCUGGGACAGAAAAUAUCAACUGUUGCAGUGCAAUCAGUAAAUGCAGGGUCACCAUUGAUUACCAGCACAAGCCCAACAACAGCAACAACCCCAAAGGUAGUUAUCCAAACAAUCCCUACAAUGAUGCCAUCAUCUGCUGAAAAUGGAGAGAAAAUCACAAUGCAGCCUACAAAAAUAAUCACCAUCCCUGCUACACAACUUGCACAAUGCCAGUUGCAAACAAAAACUGGUUUGCCAGGGACAGGGAGUAUUAACAUAGUUGGAACACCUCUGGCUGUGAGAGCACUUACUCCAGUAUCUUUAACCCACGGGACACCAGUGAUGAGAUUAUCAAUGCCCGCCCAGCAGGCAAGUAGCCAUACGCCACCGAGGGUAAUUAGUGCAGUUAUAAAAAGUCCAGAGGUCAAAUCUGAAGCAGUGGCUUUAAAGCAGGAACGGGAGAUCAAGACCCUGCAACUAGUACAAGAAGAGAAACCAGCAGAUGGAACCAAAACAGUCACUCAUGUUGUCGUCGUUAGUACACCCUCUGCUAUUGCCCUACCUGUACAAGUGAAAACAGAAGGAAUAGUAACAUGCGAAAAAUGAAAAGAAAAAAAAAGCAGCUGUGAACAUUAAUUACAUAGACCAUUGUGGAAUUAAGCAAACUGACAUACAUAGGAAGCCAGGGAAUUGGACACAAACAAGAAUUUGAAAGAACUGAUUUUUUUAAAAAAUUGUUAAUAGUUAUGCGUAUAUUAGAAAUUUACUGGAAGCAAAAUAAUGUCCCAUGUUUCAGUGGGAAUUGAACUAGAUCUACACACUGACACAAUUGCCUCUUGUAUAUCAGGGUUAAGCUGAUGAAGAAAGAAAAUUCCUGGAGCCGAAGGCAAUAGCGGGUGAGCACUCAGGAGGCGCACUGCAUUACCAGUUACACUAAGACAUGGAACACUAAACUGGUUCUGUGAGGGUCUUGGCUUAUGUAGAUGGAGGGGGCAUCUAGAAGAGGCUCAUUGUUACACAAAACACAUUUGAUGCAUUUGAAUAUGCAUACCAGCAAUUACUACUGUGUACUCACAGUGUUCAACUGGUGCUAUGUGAAAAACUCUGCUACUAGAUAUUCUUGAAUGUGAAUAAGGAAAGAAUUAAAGAACUUCUUACAAGAAGUUGAAGACUUAGAGAAUUUUUUUGUCCCAUGCAGCUUAAGCAGAUUUAAAAUAAAAGCCUUAGACUGAUUUUCAGUUACCUUUGUUGAAAUAAGCUAAAGGCUUCUUUGUGUAAAGCAUUUUUUAUUAAAACAAUUUUUUUAAAAAAAUCUUAUACCUAGCACAGUAUUGUUAUAGAAUUACAUGUAACAUAUUUUGUAUGGUAGUCAAGUCUGUUGGUUUCUUAAUUGGGGUCAAAGCAGCCGGAGGUUGUUCAGCCUCUUGCUGCUUGGAUCACCCACUUCGCCUGAACAUCUGUGCAUACAUUUCAAUUUCAGCUUUUACUCUGUCACUUGAAAGGUCACGCUUGGCAUGAACUCUUGUCAGGUAGAUUAAAAGCCUGUAUAUUUUUUAGUUGAAGUUAGAGGAAAGUACCAGUGUUCAGAAUGAACUAUAAUAGUUUGUAUAUUCAACAUUUAAAGUAUAUUCUAUUUUGUUGUACUCUUGUUUCAAAGUGUAUUCAAGUAGGUUUUACUGAAAUACAGAUAAUGAAAUUUAAAA